GCAGCGCUGACGGUAAGUAAACACUAAACAGUUAUUCGUUGAACGUUGUUAUCUUCUAAGACGUUAUCAUUUGUUAUGAUAAACGAAUGUACGGUGUACAUAUUUCGUUUGCCAAACUUCGGUGUCGUCGCUCCGUCGUUCAGUAAUUAUGUGGAAAUAUGUCUUCAAAGUUGCCACUGAAUCGGUCUGCCGAUAGCAUUAGCUCAAAACCCUCGGUGGAUGCUGUUUCUGUACUAAUGAUAGUCGUAGUUGCUCUUUUUUGGGGAGCAACCAAUCCUUUUAUUCGACGGGGAAGUCUUGGCUAUAACAGUUUGCAGGCGUCAUCCAAACUUGGUCAAAUUUGGCUGGAGCUGCGGUUUUUAGUUUCACGCUGGCAGUACCUUCUCCCAUUGGUGUUGAAUCAAUUCGGUAGCAUCGUGUACGUAUUUGCCCUACAACGGACCGAGUUGUCGUUGGUAGUGCCUGUUGCCAACUCGCUAACAUUUGUUUUUACGGCUAUUACGGCGUGGUUGUUAGGAGAACAAGCUGCUAGUUGGAGAACCUACACUGGAAUGCUACUUGUCAUAACAGGAACGGUAAUUUGUAGUGUGGAAAAAAUGAUGUGAUAGUCGUCAAGUUUAUUGAAUAAUAAAAUUAGAUUACAACAUCGGCGUCGGCAUUUUAAUAUAUUAUAGUUCAAAUUUAAGGGCCGAUCUCAGGAAUUUCGGAUAAUUAGUCAGCACUCGAGAAAUAUCCAACGUAUAAUAGACCCGCUCUGGUCCUAUUUUGCGCUAUUUAUAAUCCAUUGCUUGACUUCUCAAGUAUUACACUUUACAAGUGGAGAACCCAUAGUAUAGGUAUAUUAUAAGAUUGUUAACAUUACAUUUAAUCGUAAAUAAUACAUAAUUAGUAUAAUUCAAUCGAACCGGUACGCAAUAGGUUUCAAUAGCGGCCAUUACACGAGACAAUGUUAUUGACAAUACUUUUGAUCGUGUUAUGGAAACUUCAUCGGAUUGACGAAAAUAUUGUCAAAAAAUCAAAGCUGCUCAUCAAUCCGACAAUACUAUCUCUCCAGAGAGAAACUGUUAAUAAUGUGCAAUGACUUUAAAAACGUGCUUAAUCCACCUACCCACUUGUACGCGGCGGGCAGAUUUCCCCCCAGACGGCUGGCUAUGUCUGCCAGCCAUUUUCGCCGGAAUUCUGCAAUUCCGGAAAUCGGCAAAGUCUGGCAACAAUGCAAAAACCGUUUCCGGCAGAGAAUGUCGCCUAGCGGUUAUUAACGGUUCUUUUCUGUCGGAUUCUUGCCAUACAAGAUGGGCAGAACCGUUUUGAAUCGGUUCUACAUUUUAAGCGUCUUGGUUUUAUUUUUUAAAUAAAAGAUACAUAUGAAAGCAACAAGUUAUUGCCCUUC